AUGGGCUCCGACUCGAAUAUGGUGCACUCGCCCAUUAUCACAUACGCUUCAAUGGUGUCCCUUCUCUCUCUUUGCCCGCCUUUUGUCAUUCUCUUAUGGUAUACUAUGGUACAUGCCGAUGGAUCUGUGUUGCAAACAUGGGAUUACCUUCGGCAGAAUGGUCUUCAGGGUUUCAUCAAUAUCUGGCCGAAGCCCUCCUUAAUAGCUUGGAAGAUUAUUGCGUGUUAUGGGGCAUUUGAGGCUGCACUUCAGCUUUGGCUACCUGGGAAAAGGGUUGAGGGUCCUAUAUCCCCUAAUGGAAAUAGACCCGUCUACAAGGCCAAUGGUGUCUUGUCAUAUGUAGUUACACUAGUUACAUAUCUUGGCCUCUGGUGGUUUGGAAUUUUCAACCCUACUUUGGUUUAUGACCAUUUGGGGGAGAUAUUCUCAGCACUUAUCUUUGGAAGUCUUGUCUUUUGCGUUUUCUUGUACUUCAAAGGUCAUAUUGCGCCAUCUUCAACUGAUUCUGGGUCAUCGGGAAAUAUAAUCAUUGAUUUCUAUUGGGGAAUGGAGUUGUAUCCUCGUAUUGGAAAAAACUUUGAUAUCAAAGUUUUUACUAACUGCAGAUUUGGGAUGAUGUCAUGGGCUGUUCUUGCCGUCACUUAUUGCAUAAAGCAGUAUGAAACAUAUGGGAAGGUGUCCGAUUCCAUGCUGGUUAACACUAUAUUAAUGUUGGUUUAUGUAACAAAGUUCUUCUGGUGGGAGUCUGGAUAUUGGAACACAAUGGAUAUUGCGCAUGAUAGAGCUGGCUUUUACAUAUGUUGGGGAUGCUUGGUCUGGGUCCCAUCUGUGUAUACUUCUCCUGGCAUGUACCUCGUCAAUCAUCCAGUAAAUCUAGGAUUGCAGCUUGCUCUCUAUAUUCUUGUAGCAGGCAUUGUUUGCAUAUACAUAAACUAUGAUUGUGACAGGCAAAGGCAGGAAUUUCGCAGGACAAACGGUAAAUGCUUGGUUUGGGGAAAAGCUCCAUCAAAGAUUGUUGCCUCAUACACAACCACUACUGGGGAAACAAAAACCAGCCUUUUGUUGACAUCAGGAUGGUGGGGCCUAGCUCGUCACUUCCAUUAUGUUCCAGAAAUCAUGGGGGCCUUCUUCUGGACCGUGCCAGCUCUGUUUAACCAUUUUCUACCAUACUUUUAUGUGGUGUUCCUUACGAUUCUUCUUUUCGAUCGAGCCAAAAGGGAUGAUGAUCGAUGCAAGUCAAAAUAUGGUAAAUACUGGAAGUUAUACUGCGAGAAGGUCCCGUACCGGGUUAUACCUGGAAUUUACUGA